AUGGAUCUAAUAGAUAUGUAUAUAUUUUGUAAACAGUGUUCAGCAGUUUCAUAUGUGCGAUGUUUGAUGAAUUUAUUAAUUAACUAUAUCUAUUAAGUACUGAUAAGAUUGCGAUAAUUUGCUUAAUGACGGAAGAAGUAUUAUCAGUUAAAACAAUUUUUUCAAAUUUUGUGGAAACGCGCAAAUAAAAUACUAGAAAGAAAACUAAACUAAAAAAUAAACGUUUGUACCGUGUUAUCAAAAAUAUAUAACAGAAAAUCUGCACAGUCAGCAUUUUGACGUCAAAUUUGAAUUAAGCAGCAUUGGUUUUGUGUACUUUUAAUAAAUUCUAUUGAAAUAUACUAAUAUUAUUUUCGACUUUUGUCGAUUUCAUGAAAUUAUGUGCACUUCCAUCAAAAAUAAGGAUUCUCAAUCAUGUGAUUCAGUGCAGUACAUCAAAAAGCUGUGCUGCAAUGUCUUGCGAUAUGUGAUUGUGCAGCUGCAUCUUCUUUUUGAUUACUUUGUAGAUUUUGUUUUUGGCUUGUACUAUAAUCAGCAAGCAAAGAAAGUACCACCAGUGAAAAACAAUCUAUUGUUAGAAAGUGCUGUUUCUUUAGCAGAGAAAAUAAGGACAGGAGAAGUUACAUCAGAAGAAGUUGUGAAGGCCUUUAUUAAAAGAUGCAAGGAAGUGAAUAGUUUGAUAAAUGCAGUUGUGGAAGACAGAUAUAUUGACGCGAUUGAAGAGGCUAAACAAGUAGACACCAAGAUAAAAGAAGGCAUAGAUUUGGAGAAAAUAAAAAUAACACAGCCCUUCUUAGGGGUUCCCUUUACCACGAAGGAGAGUAAUCGGGUUAAAGGAUUAAUCCAUUCCUUGGGAUUGCUCUGUCGACGUCACCAUCGUUCCGAGGAAGAUGCAACAACGAUUCGCUUUCUUAAAGAGGCUGGAGGAAUUUUAAUUGCAACGACUAAUGUUCCUGAGCUCAAUUUGUGGCAGGAAUCGAGAAACAAUUUAUAUGGACAGACAAACAAUCCUUAUAACACCACUAGAACAGUGGGGGGUAGUAGUGGUGGCGAGGCAGCACUAGUAGCAGCAAGUGGUUCUCCGCUUUCUGUUUGUAGUGACAUAGGAGGUUCCACUAGGAUGCCUGCCUUCUUUAACGGUUUAUUUGGGCAUAAGCCCAGUGAAGGUUUGACUCCAGUGGCUGGGAUUGGAUUACGUGAAAACGAUUAUUCAGACACCAUGGUGGGUGUUGGACCGGUUUGUAAAAAGGCUGAAGACUUAGUACCCACCCUGAAAGUAUUAAUAGGUCCAAAUGUAAACAAGUUAAGAUUGGAUGAGCCAGUAAACUUGAAGAAUCUGAAAGUGUUUUACCAAAAGAAUUCUGGCGAUUUGCGGGCAAGCAAAGUGAAUAAAGAUAUGCAAAAUGCAUUAAUAAAAGCGGUACAACAUUUUAAAGAACUUACAGGUUCAGCGACAAAGAUUAAGAUACCUGGUUCUGAGUACAGCUAUAGAAUAUGGAGGUAUUGGAUGACUCGCGAAAACGUGAAUUUUAAGCUGAACAUAACGGAUCGAAAAUAUAUCGCUAGCGCGGGUGGAGAGAUUUAUAAUCUACUUAUUGGAAACUCUCAAUUGACAUUAGCUGCUAUCAUGAAAUUGAUAGAUACGGACAUUUUGCCGCAGGAGAACGCUGAAUGGGCAAAGAACGUUACUGCAAAAGCAAAACACUUUUUGGAGGAGAAAUUAGACGACAAUGGAGUGCUGUUUUAUCCCUCAUCGCCAUAUCCCGCUAACUAUCACUAUGCUUCGUAUCUGAGACCUUUCAACUUUGGCUACACUUGUCUAUUUAACGCUUUGCGGUUGCCAGUUUGUACAGUGCCAUUAGGAUUGAACAGCCAAGGCUUGCCGAUUGGCAUUCAGGUGAUAGCAGCCCCGUACAAUGAUCAUCUAUGCUUUGCAGUGGCCAGGGAACUUGAAAAAGCAUUCGGUGGUUGGGUUCCACCAUCAUGAAUUGUGUAGAAGGUAUUCUUUUUAUUAAAAGGGCUUAAAUAAGCUUACGUAGAAUGGAUUACAACUUUCGAACAAUAUCUAUAGACUAUAUAAUUGGGCUGUGGGAAUAACUCAAACAUAUAACAAAUAUUUAUUCAU